AUGGAGUUGUACAUAAAACCAGACGGCGGUCCGCUCGUCUGUCCGCAGGCCUUUCCGGUCUGUUUGCAUGCAAGGCAAUGUCGGCUAAAUUCACUUUGCGCUGGCUCAACUGAGUGUGCUAGAUUGGGUUUGGAAUGGCAUCGGGGUGCUGAUGGUGAUGAUGAUGAUGCUGGAGCUGGUACUAACGAGAGGGGUGAUGAGAUUGCAGGCGAGUUUGGCUGA